AUGGCUGGAUUGGAUCCUUCCUCGUCCUCCCACCACCCGGCCACCCUGGCCCUGCAUGCAGACGACGAUCUCAAUGUUGUCGCGGAUGUUGCGCCGCCGUUCCACCUCUCAACGACCUUCAGAUACUCCAACAACCCCGAUAACCUGGAGCCCUGGUCUGACAACCGAACCCUCGCCAACCUCCCCGCAACCUCCCAUAUCUACUCCCGCCACACAAACCCAAACAACACCCGCUUCGAAACAAUCCUCAAGUCCCUCCUCAACGGGCACGUGGUCUCCUACAGCUCGGGCCUCGCCGCCCUCCACGCCGCCCUCGUAUUCCUCAACCCACGCCGCAUCGCCGUCAGCGACGGCUACCACGGCUCCCAUGGCGUCAUCGCCGUGCACACCCGGCUAAGCGGCCUGCAGAAGCUCGCCCUCGACUGCCCGGCCGACGACCUGCAGCGCGGUGACGUCAUCCUGCUCGAGACGCCAGUGAACCCGCACGGCACGGCGUUUAACAUCCAGCACUACGCCGACAAGGCGCAUGCGCGCGGCGCGUAUCUGCUGGUCGACAGCACGUUCGGUCCACCCGGGCUGCAGGAUCCGUUCCGCUGGGGCGCGGAUCUGGUGUUGCACUCCGGCUCGAAAUAUCUGGGCGGGCACAGCGAUAUGUUGUGCGGGGUGCUGGCGAUGAAGCGGGCGGAGUGGAAGAGCGGGUUGGUGGGGGAUCGGUUGUUGCUGGGGUCUGUCAUGGGAAAUAUGGAGGGGUGGUUGGGGGUGAGGAGCCUACGGACGCUGGAGGUUCGCGUCCAGCGGCAGAGUGCCAGUGCGGCGAGGCUUGUGGAGUUCAUUGACGGGGCGUUGAGGAUGGCGGGGGCGGAUGUUAAAGAGAGGAGUGAGGAGGCGAUUGUCCAUGCUGUGGUUGAGACAGUCCAGCAUGCCAGUUUGCAAAGGGAGGAGUGGGUGAGGAAGCAGAUGCCGAAUGGGUUUGGGACGGUGUUUUCGAUCACGUUGAGGGAGGAGAGGUUUUCGCGGUUACUGCCGACGAAGCUUAGGCUGUUCCACCAUGCGACGAGCCUGGGAGGGGUGGAGUCGUUGAUUGAGUGGAGGGCGAUGACGGAUCCGACGGUUGACCAGAGGCUGUUGCGGGUUAGUGUUGGGUUGGAGAAUUGGGAGGAUUUGAAGGGGGAUUUGGUGCAGGCGAUGAGGGAGGUGAUUAAAGGGUAG